AGGAGAGGUGCAGGCAGCUCCUAAGCCUUCCCUGGGGGCUCCCAAGCAUCAAGGAGAUCCCUGCCCGUUCCCUUAGAGACUGGUACCCCUGGGGAGGCCUCAGCCCAGUAGCUAAGUCCUAGUUGGUAAGCCCACAGAAGUGCCUCAGCUGGGCAGAGGGAGAAACACUCGGGGACACUGAGUUGGUGACGAUAGCUGAGCAGUGAUCCCUGGGGGGUAUUGUCAGAGUAACGGAGCAGCCUUCUGGAAAAGGCUGCUGGCUGCGUCUUCCAUGUGGGCCUCGCCUGCCCAGCCCAGACCCCUCACCUCAAACACACUGCUCCCUCCUGGUCGCCCAGUGCCUCGGCCCCACAUCCUCCUCCACACGCCUGCCACAUGACUCAGAGUGAGCUGGGGUCACUGGAACAGCCUGUGGCCCAGCACUAAGAGAAGCAAGCUGACCCACAGGGGAAUUGAAUCCGUGCCCUUGGCCUCCUUGGCUAUAACUGUCCACCAAAGAAUCUGGAAUCUGGCCACGUGUUCAGUAAAUCCCAAAGGACUCUCCAAUAAAAUAAGACCAAUCCUCUCUGACAUGCAAACCCCUCUCAGUUGUUGGGAGUGUCAGGUCAACUCUGAACCCAGCAGAGCUUCCUUAUUUGACUUCACUCACCAUCCCUCCCUUGGCCCCAGGCCAGCCACUGCCACCCCCUGCCUGGUCUCUAACAUGAGUCUUCUCCCCCCUCAGGUGGGAAAGAGACCUCCCAGCCUCCUGCUGGAGCCUCCACUCAGCCAGUCAAGAUGGCUCCUCUUAGCAUCGAAUGUCAGGAUGGGCAGAGUCCCUGGAGGACACCUAGUGUAGCCAGCCCCCCUCCCAUCAUCAGUGUGCUCAAGGAGAGUCUGAUGACUGGCUAGGGCCACCUGCCCUUGCUUGAGCACCGUGGGUCUUUGAUGCGCGGGAUUGCAGCUCUGCGCAGGAGAUGUUCACCUGCAUAUGCAACCACAUCAAGUACGCCACCAACCGGGGCAACCUUCGCUCUGCCAUCACAGUGUUCCCCCAGCGCACCCCGGGCCGCGGAGACUUCAGAAUCUGGAACAGCCAACUGGUGCGCUAUGCAGGCUACAGACAGCAGGACGGCUCUGUGCGGGGGGACCCAGCCAACGUGGAGAUCACCGAGCUCUGCGUCCAGCAUGGCUGGACUCCAGGAAAUGGCCGCUUUGAUGUGCUGCCCCUGCUGCUCCAGGCCCCAGAUGAACCCCCGGAACUCUUCACUCUGCCCCCCGAGCUGGUGCUUGAAGUGCCCCUGGAGCACCCCACGCUGGAGUGGUUCGCAGCCCUGGGCCUGCGCUGGUACGCGCUCCCGGCAGUGUCCAACAUGCUGCUGGAAAUCGGGGGCCUGGAGUUCCCUGCGGCCCCUUUCAGCGGCUGGUACAUGAGCACUGAGAUCGGCACGCGGAACCUGUGUGACCCUCACCGCUACAACAUCCUGGAGGAUGUGGCCGUCUGCAUGGACUUGGAUACCAGGACAACCUCGUCCCUGUGGAAAGACAAGGCAGCGGUGGAAAUCAACUUGGCUGUGCUGCACAGUUACCAGCUGGCCAAAGUGACCAUUGUGGACCACCACGCCGCCACAGCCUCCUUCAUGAAGCACCUGGAGAAUGAGCAGAAGGCGAGGGGGGGCUGCCCUGCCGACUGGGCCUGGAUUGUGCCCCCCAUCUCGGGCAGCCUCACCCCUGUCUUCCAUCAGGAGAUGGUCAACUAUGUCCUGUCCCCUGCCUUCCACUACCAGCCAGACCCCUGGAAGGGGAGUGCAGUCAAGGGCACCGGCCUCGCCAGGAAGAAGACCUUUAAGGAAGUGGCCAAUGCUGUGAAGAUCUCUGCCUCCCUCAUGGGCACCGUGAUGGCAAAGAGAGUGAAGGCUACAAUCCUGUACGGCUCCGAGACCGGCCGGGCCCAGGGCUACGCACAGCAGCUGGGGAGGCUCUUCCGGAAGGCUUUCGACCCCCGGGUCCUGUGCAUGGAUGAGUAUGAUGUGGUGUCCCUCGAGCACGAGACACUGGUGUUGGUGGUGACCAGCACAUUCGGGAAUGGGGAUCCCCCAGAGAAUGGAGAGAGUUUCGCAGCAGCCCUGAUGGAGAUGUCGGGCCCUUACAACAGCUCCCCUCGGCCAGAACAGCACAAGAGUUACAAAAUCCGCUUCAACAGCGUCUCCUGUUCAGACCCACUGGUGUCCUCCUGGCGGCGGAAGAGAAAGGAAUCCAGUAACACAGACAGUGCAGGGGCACUGGGGACCCUCAGGUUCUGUGUGUUCGGGCUCGGCUCCCGGGCGUACCCGCACUUCUGCGCCUUUGCUCGUGCGGUGGACACGCGGCUGGAAGAGCUGGGUGGGGAGCGGCUCCUGCAGCUGGGCCAGGGAGACGAGCUGUGCGGCCAGGAGGAGGCCUUCCGUGGCUGGGCCCAAGCCGCCUUCCAGGCCUCCUGUGAGACCUUCUGCGUGGGAGAGGAUGCCAAGGCUGCUGCCCGGGACAUAUUCAGCCCCAAACGGAGCUGGAAGCGCCAGAGGUACCGGCUUAGCACCCAGGCUGAGGGCCUCCAGUUGCUACCAGGCCUGAUCCAUGUGCACCGGCGAAAGAUGUUCCAGGCUACAGUCCUUUCAGUGGAAAAUCUGCAAAGCAGCAAGUCCACCCGGGCCACGAUCCUGGUGCGCCUGGACACUGGAGGCCAGGAGGGGCUCCAGUACCAGCCAGGGGACCACAUAGGCGUCUGCCCACCCAACCGGCCGGGACUCGUGGAGGCACUGCUCAGCCGUGUGGAGGACCCGCCGCCAGCAGGCGAGCCCGUGGCAGUGGAACAGCUGGAGAAGGGCAGCCCUGGUGGCCCUCCCCCAAGCUGGGUGCGGGACCCCCGGCUGCCCCCGUGCACGCUGCGCCAGGCUCUCACCUUCUUCCUGGACAUCACUUCCCCGCCCAGCCCUCAACUCCUUCGACUGCUCAGCACCUUGGCAGAAGAGCCCAGUGAACAGCAGGAGCUUGAGACCCUCAGCCAGGACCCCCGGCGCUACGAGGAAUGGAAGUGGUUCCGCUGCCCCACGCUGCUGGAGGUGCUGGAGCAGUUUCCUUCGGUGGCACUGCCUGCUGCCCUGCUCCUCACCCAGCUGCCCCUGCUCCAGCCCCGGUACUACUCCGUCAGCUCAGCCCCCAGCACCCACCCAGGAGAGAUCCACCUCACAGUUGCCGUGCUGGCAUACAGGACCCAGGAUGGGCUGGGCCCCCUGCACUAUGGAGUCUGCUCCACAUGGCUGAGCCAACUCAAGGCCGGAGACCUUGUACCCUGCUUCAUCAGGGGGGCUCCCUCCUUCCGGCUGCCUCCGGACCCCAGCUUGCCCUGCAUCCUGGUGGGCCCCGGCACGGGCAUCGCCCCCUUCCGGGGAUUUUGGCAGGAGCGGCUGCACGACAUUGAGAGCAAAGGGCUGCAGCCCGCCCCCAUGACCUUGGUGUUCGGCUGCCGAUGCUCCCAGCUCGAUCACCUCUACCGCGACGAGGUGCAGGAUGCCCAGCAGCGCGGGGUAUUUGGCCGCGUCCUCACCGCCUUCUCCAGGGAACCGGACAGCCCUAAGACCUACGUGCAGGACAUCCUGCGGACCGAGCUGGCUGCCGAGGUGUACCGCGUGCUGUGCCUCGAUCGGGGCCACAUGUUUGUCUGCGGUGAUGUCACCAUGGCAACCAGCGUCUUGCAGACGGUGCAACGCAUCCUGGCGACAGAGGGCGACAUGGAACUGGACGAGGCCGGCGACGUCAUCGGCGUGCUGCGGGAUCAGCAACGCUAUCACGAGGACAUUUUCGGGCUCACGCUGCGCACCCAGGAGGUGACAAGCCGCAUACGCACCCAGAGCCUUUCCUUGCACGAGCGGCAUCUGCAGGGCACAGUGCCCUGGGCGUUCGACCCGCCCGGCCCAGACACCUCUGGUCGCUGAGAGUCCUCUUGCUUUCUACCCCAGUUCCCGGAGAGGGGCUGUCGGUCCAUCCUGGCUCUGCUGCUCCCGUCGGCCUAACCAGGACUGGCCACCUCCCCCACUCCCCUCCCGAGGUGCCUUCCCUUGUCUGUCCGGAGUCUGUGGACACUUCACCUUAUUCCGGAAUGAGCGAAUGUCCCUUUCUCUCUCU